AAAAUUGUUUAAAAAAUUUUUGUAAUUUGUCUGCAAAAAAAUAUUGAACAACAUCAUCACAUCAUCACUAUAAAAAAUGUUUGUUCUCUUUGAAACAGCAGCAGGUUAUGCUUUGUUUAAUGUUUUGGAUGAAGGUAAAAUCACUGACGUCAAGUCUGUUGAUGAAAUGUUUGCCAACUCUUCUAAACUCAGCAAGAAUAUUAAACUCAAGUCUUUUGAAAACUUUAAAGAUACCAAUGAAGCUCUCGUAGCUGCUACUGCUAUUGUUGAAUCCAAGUUGGAUAAAAAGUUGAAAAAGUUCUUGAAAAAGCAAUUGGCUGAUAAGGAAAGUAAAUUGGCUGUUUGUGAUAAAAACCUUGGAGCAGCCAUUAAGAGUAAACUUGGUAUUCAAUGUGUCUGUGAUGACUCUGUAGUUGCAUUGAUGAGAGGUAUUCGUAACAAUUUGACACAAUUAUUAGGAGAUGUUACCACUGAAAAGGAUUUACAAAGCAUGUCUUUGGGUCUUUCACACUCACUUUCUCGUUAUAAAUUAAAGUUCUCACCUGAUAAGAUUGAUACAAUGAUUGUCCAAGCUAUUUCACUUUUAGAUGAUAUUGACAAGGAAUUGAAUAUUUAUGUCAUGAGAGUUAAGGAAUGGUAUGGUUGGCAUUUCCCAGAAUUGUCAAAGGUUUUACGUGACAAUUCUGCUUAUAUUAAGACAGUUUUAUGUCUUCAAAAUAGAAAUAAUGCUCAAAAGGCUCCAUUAACUGAUGUUUUACCAGAAGAUUUGGCUAAGGAAGUUAGAGAAGCUGCUAUUGUUUCAAUGGGUACUGAAAUUUCUGAAGAUGAUAUGCUUCAUAUUUCUAAAUUGGCUGAAGAAGUUGAAAGUAUUACAACAUAUAGAGGUGCAUUGUUUGAUUAUUUGAAGAAUAGAAUGCAAGCUAUUGCUCCAAAUUUGACACAUUUGGCUGGUGAAUUAGUUGGUGCUCGUUUAAUGGCACGUGCUGGUAGUUUAAUGAAUUUGGCUAAACAUCCAGCUUCAACUGUUCAAAUUUUGGGUGCUGAAAAGGCUUUCUUUAGAGCUUUGAAAUCACGACACAAUACUCCAAAAUAUGGUUUGUUGUAUCAUGCUUCUUUAAUUGGUCAAGCUCCACCAAAAUACAAGGGUAAGAUUGCUAGAGUUUUGGCUGCUAAAUGUGCAAUUUCUGCUCGUGUUGAUGCUAUGGGUGAAAAGGAACAAGCUACCAUUGGUUUGGAUUCUAGAGAAGCUGUUGAAAAACGUUUACGUGAAUUGGAAAAGUAUUCAACUGGUUCAUCCUCUGCUUUCACUAAGGGUCAAAAGCAAAAUGAACAAACUCAUCGUUCAAAGGAUAAUCGUGGUAAAGUGAAGAAUUCUUCAAACAAGUAUGAUGAAAGUGCUGACGUUUCUACUGUAAAGAGAAAGAGAGAUGAAGAUGAUAGAUCCUCUUUUAAGAAGAAUAAGUAUUAAACAUACACACACAAUAGUAUUACAUUAUAGAAUUUGAAUAAAACAUCUUUAUAUAUUA